UACCAACUCUCGUUUUCUUCAAAACUGUUGACAUUGUGUCAUAUUGUUGUUCUAAGUAUCAUAGUGGUCCCAUGCAAACAUUAUCCGCCGCCUUUGAAUCCAAGUCCACACCUCCCAAAUCAAUUCAUUUGUAUACUGCACCCACCCAUCCCCUCCUCUCUCUCUCUCUCUACCCUCUUCUCUUCUCUUCUCUGUUUCUCAUUAUAAGUAUCAACCACAACCAAACCCCAGUAACAAAAAACAAGUCUUUUAAAGUCCUUUGGUUAGUUUCAUUCUUUGGUUAGUUUCAUUCAAAUGAAGAUGGAAGAAGGAAGUAUCAACCUUCCUCCUGGAUUCCAAUUCUACCCAACUGAUGAAGAACUAGUCCUUGACUUUCUAUACCGCAAGGCAUCACUCUUGCCGUGCUACCCCAACAUCAUUCCAGAUCUUGAUUCUUAUGUUCAUGAUCCAUGGGAGCUCAGUGGUAAGGCAUUAUCGAGUGGAAACCAGUGGUAUUUCUUUAGCCAAAAGACACAAGACCGGGCCACAAAAAAUGGAUAUUGGAAGCAAUUAGAUAUUGAUGAAGCCAUAUACACAAGUGCUGGUAAGAAAGUGGGAAUCAAGAAGUAUCUUUUAUUCUACAUGGGUGAAGCUCCAGAAGGCAUCGAAACCAAUUGGAUAAUGCAGGAAUAUUCUCUUUCCAACAGUGGAUUGGGCUGUACAUCCUACAAAAGAAUAGCAGGGAAAAAAAUUUUGGAUGGUGUUGAAUGGGUUCUUUGUCGAGUUUAUGAAAGAAAGAGUUCUCAACAUGGUUUUUGGUGCGAUGAGGACGAUGAUGAUGGAACCGAGCUUUCAUGUUUAGACGAAAUUUUCUUGUCAUUAGAUGAUGAUCUCGAUGAAAUAAGUUUGCCAAAUUAGUCCUAGCUAGAUUGGUUUCAAUACCCAAAUGUAAAAUAUGUAGUAGUUUGUUCUGCUACCUCAAAUUUGCUUUGUUCUUAUUUCAUACUGAUAUCUUCAGUACUUGUCAUCUUGUGAAGAACAGAAAACAUAAAUUUCAGCCAGAAAUUUUGAAACUUGAA